GUUUGUCGUGUUAUAGUUUGUUUUCUUUGAGAAGAGUUGAAUCUGGACUAAAUCAAGACAAUGACCAAAAGAAAAUCCAAGACGACAGGUAUCAAAACCCCUAAGAGGACGCAGCCCAGAGUGAAACGACAGAAAAGCACUGAAGAAACAAACCUGCAGCCUGAAGGCGAAAACAAGACACCAGAAUCAGAAAACAACAAUUCCCACAAUGCAGCAUGCUCAGACAAACUGGAUGAACAUCAGCCUGGACAGAGCACAUUACAAGUCACUCAGACAACAGAAUUCCCUGUAGAUCCGUGUUGUUCCUUGGAAGAAAAAACAAGCCGUGAUGAUAAUGUUGAGCGUGGAAACGGCACAAAUCCACCUGAGGUCUCUCAAGAGAUUGAACAAACUGCAGCGAUCCCAGUACAAACCCCAGAACUUGACAAUAGCAUCAAACACACUCUCUCCAGACCUUUGAAUGCAGAAGCUAUUAAUGUAGAUCAGCCCGACAUCCAGCUAGAGGAUGAAGGAAGUGAAUUCACAAGCAAUUCAAACCGUGAAUCUCAGAAGGUCCCAGAUGACUGUGACUCUGAAUUACCAUCAGAUGAGCAUCAAACCGAGAGAGAAUUGCCACAUGAGGAGAAUAUAGCCACUGAACCAAAGAUGGGUGAACGAUUAGGGUCUUCACGAGACCGCAGUUGA